AUGAGUGUCCCGGACUACGACCAGUGCGCUGAUGACCACCAGUGCCUACUUGUGAUCGUCAAACAAAUCGGUCCGCAAAUGAGUCCGAAGUUAUUCAACCGGAUCUACGACGGGAUCAGCAAACUGUGUGAGAUAUGCAUCAGCGAUGCCCAGGGGUUGGGCUUUGAGCGCAAGGUUCGCGUGAGAUAUAAGCGGUCCUACAGUAUAGAUAACAACGAUUGGGGAGACUUCCAGUCGCACCGGAAGGUCUUAGGGCUCAUCACAAUCGCCUACUUCAACAACACCAACGAAAUUGAGUCCAUCUAUGAGUUGCACAACACGUUGAGAGACACCUUCGCCAACACUCUGUACGACUCGCGCUGUUUCCUCGUCAACGAUAUCACUGACCACUCAUUGGGUGCCAACGAUAUCACUGACCACUCAUUGGCUGCCAACGAUGGCGUCGACCAUCAAACCACUGUCAAAGAGUCGCACAAAGACUCGGCCAUCGACUUGACGGCCCACUCGACAGACGCCGAGUCCAUGAAUAGCCAUAAUGUCGACAGAAAUGAUUACUUCGAUGAGACGGACGAGUCGUGCGCUCGGAUGCGGAGUCUGUCGAAGUCGUUCACCAGCGCUGGCGAUGACAUAAUCGAGGGCUUCGACAUCAACGACCGCAUGCCUUCGUGUGGUGACGAACCCAUCCUAAGUGAUAGCCAUUUGUCGAUAACUCACGUCAAUAUAGACUCAUCUGAAUCUAGUCCUGAAAGUCCCGAAUCUAUUGAUGAGACAAUUAAUGCUCAAAACUGUGCGACCGAUGAGACGGACGGCCGGUUGGCGGUCGAGGCGAACGGUUCGCUGCCAUCGAGUCCCACGAAUGCCACGAAAACUCUUUCAUCGCAUAAAAGUCGUAACGAUUUGAGCGAUGAUCUGCCAAAUCAUGUAAAUAGUGAUAGCAUUCAGACACCGAUCCCAUCGAAGCCUCAGUUCACGGAAUAUAUUCGCUACGAAUCGGACGAUGAAUGUUGCGAUCGGAUCGAGACGAACGUCAAAGACUUCAUAUCAUCGCUGUUUUGGGUGUUGGAGAAGAAACGGUUGGACAGAACGCACGAAAAGCAGGAGAAGAUUCCGCUUCUGAUCGCGCCGUUCGAGAAGAAGGAUCUGAUCGGUUUGGACACCGAUUCGCGAACAUUCCGGAAGCGAUGUUUGGGGCGAAUGCGGAAACACGUGGCAGACCUGUCCCUUCUGGCCGGCCUUCCCAGCGAAGCCCUCACUCACUACUGCUCAGCCAUCGAGCAGUUGAAGGCUGUCAGCGAUUGGCUUUGGUUGGCCAGUGCUCUCGAGGGCCAGUGUGUGGCCUCUCUCACACUACUCUAUCCCAAUGCCUGUCGACGUGAUUCCUCGUCGUUUCAGCGCAACGCUUCCCUCCCGUUGUCUAAAAAGAGUUUCUUACCAUUUUUCCAAAAUAGCGUGAGAUUCAGAGAGUUGUCAUUCUCAAACGGUUUACCAUACCUGGGCCAAAACCGAUUCUUAAAUCCAUUUUUAUAUAAUUUAGUUUUACUUCAGAUCGAUAAAUACAAAGAAGCCGCCUGUCAUUACGCAAAGUACCGAAACGCCGCUAUUCUUGAGUUUGAGUGCAGUUUCAAAGCUGCCCGGGUGCUCACGGAUAUGGAGAAGUAUUUGUGGGCCUCAGAGUUCAUACAAAACGCUGUCUUCAUAUCAUUCAAUCAGACUAAUGAAGAACAGCCAAUGAGUUCUUUUCGUCGCAAAAUAGCAGCCAAACGCCGUGAGUUUCGGCACAGUGACGUAGAGGAGAACCCCGAUUGGGAAAAAUGUUAUUAUCUAUUGUUGCCAUCACUCGAGGGCUACCGUCUAACACUGGAUCCCAUCGAAUAUCAGAGGCGUAUCGACACAAAUACUAUCGGAUGGCCCGGAAUUCAUAUGCAAUUAUUGCAAGAACUGGUCACCACUGCUAUCAAAAUGAAUUGCGAGCCCUUAGCUGUCCGUCAUUUAAGUUUUUUGUUGCACUCACUCUUCGAGCACUUAUCAGUUCAACAAAGACAAGAGUUUGCGUCCAAAUUGUCCACUUUGUCCGCGCGUUGUGGCGAAGGAUCUCCUGUUCCCUUAAAGCUUCAAAAUGGAGCCGUUAUUCCUUCCGUCAAUUUAACUAAAUUUCCAACCGUUGUAUCGUUUAAAGUGCAGAAUUUGGCGCCACAUUUACGGCCCAUUAAACUGAAAUCCAAAACCAAACCCAUCGCCACCUCUACCCCUUCGAGUCCCUUUAUAUUCACACCCCUCCAGUUCAAUAGAAGUACUGUCAAUACUCCGCGACGACUGUCCACUGUUACCACAUCUAUGGACUUCAAAUGGGCUGAAGGAGAGAUCGCUACUGUCAACAUGGUUUUGGACAAUUAUCUGCCCAUUGAUCUGAAUAUAACUCACAUGGCAUUAAUGACCGAUGGAUUGGCGUUCGAGACAUAUCCCACUUCAUUGACAUUGGGCUCGGAGUCCCAGAACACGACCGUUAGCUUAACGGGUAUUCCUCGCGCGAGCGGUCGACUCGAUAUCUUAGGCUAUACUACACAUGCAUUGGGUGUGAAGAGUGAGUGCAGACUUCGAGAGCUGCCGAAAGCCAAGAAACUGAAACUCCCGAAGUGUUACUCAGUAGAGAUCAUCCCAUUCUUACCAUUGAUUGGCAUCACGUGUUCUCUGCCAAAAGCGAACCAAUUCUCGAGUUUGUUGGCCAACGACAGCACACACAUUGCAUACAGCGCUUCGGUAACGAUGUUUGCGGGCGAGAAGAGGACGUGUCAGAUAACACUGUCCAACAACAGCCCCAAUAGUGAACUCAUAGAACUUAUAAACAUCAGUGUUGUGUCGAAAUUGCCAAAAGAAAACGAAAAGUUAUUGUUUGAAUGGAGUGAGAGCUCCAUCAAUAGGGACCUACCGUUGGCCUGUGGCUCAGCCGUCACUUUUGACCUGACCCUCAACGCUAUCGGCGACUUUGUGGUCGAUCCGAACCAAAACAAAAGCAAUACGAGAGCGGCCAACAGGUCGACCGUCGCGAGCAGAACCCAAACCCCUUACAGCUCACACCAAAACUCUCCGUCCCAUACGGGCGGUACCAGUGCUACCAAAAAGACUCAACUCUUAGGCUCAACCACUUUAGCGAAUUUUAUAUCUGAAUUACAGACAAGUAAUAAAUCCAAACAAAUAAGUGAUAAACGAAUUACAGAAAGCCUCGAGUUCUGUCCGUCAAAGGUAGUUGAGGCCAUACUUCAGUUCGAAUACAGUGGAGGGCCCGGUCUGGCAUCGGGUUAUUGUCGGCAAAGCUCUUUAGCCAUAAUUAUUGAGAUCCAGCCCUCACUCCUCAUUACUCAUUGGGAUGUAUUGCCCGCAGAUCUGCCAACAAAUUGCUUCCUAGUAUUGGAUGCACUGAACGCCACAACACAAGAGAUGGAACUUCGCUACACAUCCAGCAAAGAGAUACUAAUAGAGGCCAAUGAGACGUGUCGUAUACCCAUCCCUAUAGAGCGCUGUCCACUUGUCGACGACGAGGCAGACUCUGACGACAAAAGGGACGACACGUCUCAGUCUCUGCUCUCUCGUUGUCGACAACACCUUAUAAAUCAAUUGAACCUGAAUUGGAUGCUCUCGACGACGGGCAUCAAAGGGACCGCCUCUGUGGCUAACGUUCCCUAUUCCGACCAAAUGUUGAAUUCCAUUCUAUUGUCUCCCAUUCAAUGGGAAGUGACUCUAAACGAACAAAAUCUAAGGAAUGGUAAUGAGUUUAUCUUCAAAGCCGGUCAAUACAUAUCUGUCGGCAUAUCGUUAUAUAACUGUUCGGCCGUUUCGUUGAAGUCAUUGAAUCUCGCCAUCCAUUACUACCAGGACUACCAAAACAGUCACCGCAUCGGCAAAGAGCGUAACUAUCGGCUCGACAUGAAGAAGGCGUUGACCGGCUUUGACAGAGUCCUCAUUCCUGAGAUCGAGUCGAUGAAGAGUUACAGCCAUGAAUGCGGUCUAACCUUCUUCUACACCGGUAUCUAUAAACUGGAGAUUGAAUGCAACUCUAAUAGCAUAAGUGACGAGUCUAUCAAACAUAAAGUGCUAACAAAUAGUGAUAAUCCGCUGAAUAAGGCGCCAAAGAGUCCCUCGACUUCGAUGUGGAAGUGUUCGCCUUCUAUAGUGAUUAGAGUCAUACCUCUAUUGACCACAAAACGCGUCUUCUGGAGAGGAGUUCUCGAAGAACUUCUUUGGUUCAUAAGAGGCAGUACUGACGGCAAAGAGUUAUCCAAAGUUGGUGUCAAUAUAUGGGACGCAAACGGGAGCCGAUCUUUCCUCGACUCUUUGGGAUUCACUGACAGACAAGAGGGAGAUUUGGGACCCGUUUAUGGCUUUCAAUGGAGACAUUAUGGCGCCAAAUACGACACUAAAGCCACCGAUUAUAGUAAUAAAGGUGUGGAUCAGCUGAAGGAAGUGAUCAAUACGAUUAAGACUAACCCAAACGACCGGCGAAUGAUCAUCUGUUCGUGGAAUCCGAUCGACAUACCACUAAUGGCAUUGCCUCCCUGUCAUUGUUUGGUUCAGUUCUAUGUGUCCGAUGAAGAGCUCUCGUGUCAACUCUACCAGAGGUCUGGAGAUGUGCGGUCGAUAAGGGAUCUGACUCAUAUGAUGGCCCACAUAACUGGUCUCAAAUGCGGUGAUUUUAUCCAUACCAUCGGUGACGCUCACAUUUAUACCGACCAUUUGGAACCACUCAAAGAACAAUUGAGCCGAACUCCACGUCCAUUCCCAAAGUUGGUUAUCAAACGCAAAGUCCAGGACAUCGAUGACUUCACAAGCGAUGACUUCGAUCUCAUUGAUUAUAAGCCUUACCCUAAGAUUUCGAUGAAAAUGUCUGUGUAGACGGUUCCCUAUCAAGAGAC